AUGAGUGGGAUGGAGCCAGCGUUUGGAGAGGUGUACGGUGCCCCAAGGUGCCUCCUCAGCCCCUACCCGCUGGCCACGCCCCCAGGGGGCAGGAAGGAGUACGACCAGAGCGUGGUCCUGAUGCUGGGCUCCCCGGCAACGCCCCGGAAACGGCCCUUCGAGUUGCUCAGCGACCUGGUGGACGACGGGAUGGGCCUGGGGGAGGAGCUGCAGGCGGAGCGCUGGGACGUGUCGGCGCUGGACGAGAUGACCCGCUACACCAAGCUGGGCCUGGGGGGGGAGGAGGCGAGCGGCGAGGACGCCGUGCUCAUGGGCAGCUGGGGGCGCAGCUGGGAGGACGAAGAGGAGGAGGAGGAGGAGAGGAGGAAGACGACGAGCAGGAGGGCCGGCCCCCAGGCCCGCGCGCAGGAGAGCACGGCCGUGACCCUUGACCCCUGCCGCCCGGCGGGGAGGGAGGCGGAGAGAGGGGCGGGGGGAGGGGCGGAUCGAGGGACGAGGGCGCGGACGGUGGAGGUGUACCAGGUGGCGCAGCAGGAGGAGGAGGAGGUCGCCGCGGCGAUGGGGCGGCUCGUUGCCGUGGUCGCCGCGGGGGACGUCGCGGCGACGGGGUCGGUUGUAGAACACUGCAGCGAAGAGCACAACUACUCGUUGGGAGAAGAAAAGGAGGAAGAGUUGGGGGACCAGGAGGAAGAGGAGGAGGAGGAAGAGGAAGAGGAUGGGGGGGUGGAGGAAACGGCAGCGGAGCUCACCAGCUCCACGGAAACUGAAUGCGAGGCGGAGCCGGAGCGGCGUGCCGGAGAGCGUCCGAAGAAGCGCCGGUGUUUCUGGGAGUACCGACACGCCGGGGAGACCGGGGGCAGGAGGAGGGCCGGCGGGGAGAUCCGCUGGUCUCUCUCCUGGAGCUCCAGCACGCUGCCCAGCACCCUGUACCGCAGGGAGGGUAAGAAGGGGCGCCGUAAAGCCCGUAAGACAGACGCCAGCGACCUGACCCCCGACCCCCAGAAGCUGCAGAACAUCGGGCUGCAGCUGCAGAAGCUGAACGCUGCCAUCGACGGCAUGGGACCCGUCAACGAGCUGCCAGUGGUGGCCCGGGCACGCUCCCGCAAGGAGAAGAACAAGCUGGCCUCCAGAGCCUGCAGGCUGAAGAAGAAGGCGCAGCACGAAGCCAACAAGAUCAAACUGUGGGGACUCAGCCAGGAGUACGAUAACCUGCUGGGGGCGCUGCUGCGUAUCAAGGAGGUGAUCCGGCAGAAAGUGGAGAGCAGUGAAGAAGAGGAGCCAGACGAGCGAGGGAUGACCCAGAGGCUGGAGGACAUCCUGAAGGAAUCUAGUGGUCCCCUGGUGGCUGGGAGGACCAAGGAGUUUGUUCAGAGGAUUCUAGCGGUCAGUGCUGGAGGUCAGAACGGGGGUAAAGAGAUGCCCUCGGGAGAAGACACCACUGGGUAAACAUCAACAACAACAACACAACAACAACAACAUCAACAA